GACGGUCCCUGUUUGCUCUCUGACGUUGUCCCGAACACAAACGCCCUUUCGGUAAAAGAUUGGCCCUGGCUGGCCGGGCAGGAUGCCUUAAAGGAUGCUCCCAACCUCAGGGAGCGUGCGAUAGAUCAGCUUCUCCUGCAGCUAUACUAUACUAUACUCUCUCUCUUGCCAACUGUCCCUCCUCCAUAUAAGAACCGCUUACCAGCGCCCCUCUCCGUCCCCCCCGUACCAUCCUUUAUCCUUUACCCUGGGCACCUCCGCAUCUUCCUGCUUUCCCCGUUGACCCGAGGUUCGAAUUUACUUUAAACCUCUCGUCUGCGCUUGCUCCGACACCUUCACCUUCUUCCUCCCCUCCUCCUUCAGUGUCUAUAACCACCUUCCAAUUACACACCCACAACAUGUCUUCAAACAGCGCCAGCGGUGCUCCCCCUGUCGGGCAGGAGAAGAUUAACACCGACAUCGUCACUCUCACGCGAUUCCUGACCGAAGAGCAGGCGAAGGUGCCCGAGGCCACCGGUGACUUCACACUGCUCUGCCACGCUCUGCAAUUCGCAUUCAAGUCCAUUGCCUACUAUAUUCGUCGCGCGUCGUUAAUCAACCUGACUGGUCUGGCCGGGUCCUCGAACACGACCGGCGAUGACCAGAAGAAGCUUGACGUCAUCGGAAACGAUAUCUUCAUCUCCGCCAUGAAGGGCUCCGGGAAGUGCCGUAUCCUCGUAUCCGAGGAGGAAGAGGAGGUUAUUGUCUUCGACGAGCACCCUAACGCCCGCUACGCCGUGGUCUGCGACCCAAUUGACGGUUCUUCCAACCUGGACGCCGGCGUCUCGGUUGGUACCAUCUUCGGUAUCUUCAAGCUGCCCGACGAGGUCCUCGGACCCAACAACAAGGUCACCGCCAACGACCUCCUCCGUGCUGGCACCGAGAUGGUCGCCUCCGGCUUCACCAUGUACGGCGCGUCCGCCCAGCUGGUCAUCACCAUGCGCAAUGGCGGCGUCAACGGCUUCACCAUGGAGAACUCCCUCGGUGAAUUCAUCCUGACCCACCCCGACAUGAAGCUCCCUGACUCCCGCGCCAUCUACUCCGUCAACGAGGGUAACAGCAUGUACUGGGAGGAGUGGGUGAACGCCUACUUCCACUCGCUGAAGUUCCCCGGCGAGGGCCAGAAGCCGUACAGCGCGCGUUACAUCGGUAGCAUGGUCGCCGAUGCCUACCGAACCCUCCUGUACGGCGGUGUCUUCGCCUACCCGGCCGACACCAAGAGCCGCAAGGGCAAGCUGCGUAUCCUGUACGAGUGCGCCCCCAUGGCCAUGCUUUUCGAGAACGCCGGCGGCUUGGCCGUCAACUCGCACAUGGACCGCCUCCUGUCCGUCGUGCCCGAGCACAUCCACGACCGCAGCGGUGUCUUCCUCGGCUCGAAGAACGAAAUCCAGAAGAUCAUCGACAUCUACAACAAGCACAAGAAAUAAACCACUCCGCCAUGAAUGAUCCGCGCAUGAUAGGACAGUACAGUACCCCACCCGGUUGGAAUUUUCUUAUUACGACUCAAGCAAAUGGAUGAAUCCUUAUCGCGAAAUCGGUCCGUGUGCACAGCACAACACAGCACCGCACCGCACCCCCAGCUAAGCUAAGCUACCUGACCAGACAACUGUCUCAGGGUUAGCAUGAUCUACGAUUAUAUUUAAAUAACCAAAAAUUCA